UUUUCAGCGCUCCAGGCGUCCGUAGUCAUGGCGGAAGAGUGGGAAUCGUUUGUUGAGGAGGAAGGUAAUGAUGAUGAUGAUGAGGAGGAGGAGAUCUUGACUCCGGCAGAGCUCAUCCACAAGCUGGAAGAGGCUUGGCUGAAUGAGAAGUUUUCUCCUGACCUUCUGGAAUGUAAAUCUGAAAUUGUGGAAUGUGUCAUGGAACAACUGAAUCAUAUGGAAAAGAAUUUGCAGCGAGCCAAGAAGGGAGACCUGAAAAUCACCAUUCACAGGAUGGAAAUGGAGAGGAUUCGUUACGUCCUCAGCAGCUAUUUGAGGUCUCGGUUACAAAAGAUUGAGAAGUUUUUUCCUCACAUUUUAGAGAAGGAGAAGUCCCGUCUUGAGACAGAACCUUCUUAUUUAUCUGCACAAGAAGCUGCUUUUGCAAAAGAAUAUGCGGCAAAUUGUGAAGCACACCUGAAGAAUCUUGCCUUGAAGCGCAUGCCUCCUAAUCUGCAAGCUCUGGACAUGUUGAAAGCUGUUCCCAAGCCCAACAUGGAUUCCUUUGUUUUUCUGAGAGUGAAGGAGAAGCAGGAGAACGUGCUGGUGGAGCCUGAGACAGAGGAUCAGAGAGAAUAUACUAUUGACUUGGAGGAAGAAUCACAACAUCUGAUGCGAUACAGGACAAUUGCUCCUCUUGUGGCUAGUGGUGCCGUGCAGCUGAUAUAAAUGGGAAUAUGAAGAGUGAGGGUGCUGAAGGCAGAUAUUCGUGCAAUAUUUAAGAUGACACCAUGAAAUGCCACGGCCAAGAAGUGUAAGUUCCCAGUGCUGGGAAACGGAAUUAGUAUGGACAGGCGCAGUGGACACGGUGGGCCAAAGAUCCUGUUUCCUGUCUGCGUGACCACGGUCGUGCCUGCCCUUUUGGGCGUUUCCAGCUUUUACUGUCACAAGCUGAUGUUGCAAGAUUUGAGGGAAGGUGCAGCACAGAACGAGGCACAGACAGCCCACCGAGCUCUGAAACAUUUGUAGCAGAAAGACUGCCUGAAGAAGUGAACAAGAAAAUUCAAGUUGCAGUGUAAUAUUUCUAAUUGUUGACAUAAGUGAGUGUUGCUGUCAGUUUUUAUUGUCCAUCCCCAACUUCUGUGAACUAUAUUAAAUAUUUAAAAUUUCAUUGCAACAUAUGUAAAUAAAUGGUUCACCAAUA